CCCUGAAGACAAUUUCGCAACGCUAAAAGCAACGAAACAAUAAAUUAUAGAAAGAGGAGUUAUUUAGGAGCUAAGGAUAGUGUACGAAGAAAUACUCAUCACACCCUAUUAAAUUACAAAAUCGAUUCUCAACCACCGCAAAAGCUCUAAAUUGUUCUUGAGUAGAAUCCAGUUUUGGAAGAAGAAUCAAUUUUCUCCCAAACAACUUUCAAUAGAGGAAAAUUGCGUUUGACCAAACAAAACGCGCAAGUAUAACACCGAUGGAACCAGAUCCACCGAAACCCUAUCGCUUUCAAAUCAAACCAUAGCAUCAUCAUCGAGAUCCAAAGGAUUACUGGUGAUAUAUAUUCUCUCCCGUGGCUUUAUUGAUGAUCAAGUUGAUCCAAUUUCUGGAAUGGAGAUGAGCUGCCCGUCAAAUGUUAAUAGUAAUGUCCCCAUGUGUUCUACUAGCGCAGUUAAUAUUUCAGACUCGAACCAGAGUUUACGUGGCUUUGUGCAACAGCAUGUUUUUGUGAGUGGAUGGAUGUAUGUGAAUGAACAUGGACAAAUGUGUGGUCCAUAUAUUAAGGAGCAAUUAUAUGAGGGGCUAACUUCAGGUUUCUUGCCAUUUGAGCUUCCUGUGUAUCCUGUAAUCAAUGGCACAAUAACGAAUCCUGUACCAUUGAAUUAUUUCCAACAGUAUCCUGACCAUGUUUGCACCGGGUUUGCAUACAUGGGUAUGAAUUUCUCAGACACAACGAUGUCUACUAAUGGCUCCUCUUCUCGGGAUAUGACAAUAUAUGGGCAAGAUAGAUCUUUUGAGCCUGCUGCUCUUAUGGCUGUUAACACAAAUUCAAAGUCUGUUUCACAGUCAAAUGUCAAUGACUGCACUAAGGAAUCCAAUCACUUGAAUUUAAACUCAGAGGCAUUCAGGAGGAUUAUUUCUUGUCAGAUGUCGGGAGGAGAAUGUUGUUGGCUUUAUGAGGAUAAUAAGGGUAUGAAACAAGGGCCGCAUUCCAUUUCAGAAUUGAUUUCCUGGCACCACCAUGGAUAUCUUGAAGAUUCAACAGUGAUCUCCCAUUUUGACAAUAAGUAUGGAAGCUUUGUGUUGUUGGCCGCUGUAAAUGCAUUGAAAGGAGAUAUAUCUGGAACCAUUUGUGGAUCAGAUUCCAAAAGCAAUGGGGUCGGUGAUGUGAUGAACUUAAAUUGUGAAAUAUCCGAAGACAUUUCUUCCCAAUUGCACAUGGGUGUAAUGAAAGCUGCCCGAAGAGUUGUGCUAGAUGGGAUUAUUGGCGAUAUCAUUUCAGAAUUUGUUACUGAAAAGAAAUGCAAGAACCAAAAGCUCAAGUCUUCCAAUCGAACUUCUGAAACUUGCACGUUGGACAGUAAAAUGAUGAACAAUGGUACUUCCAUUCCUCCUAGUGAGCCUGCAUCUUCCCAUUUUUUGGACGACCAGGCUUGUCAUGAAAUUUCCAGACCAUCUUCAAUGAGUGUUAAGGCAGUUGGAAGCAUUGAAAAUUUUUGGUGGUCAUAUUCUGUUGUUCGUAAAGCACUUUUUGAUUAUUGCUUGCAAGUCAUGUGGAAUGCAGUGUUUUUUGACACGGUAACAGAGUACUUAUUUUCCUGGAGGAAGAGGAAAUAUUGGUCUCAUCCUAAGCCUCUAUCAACUGUUAAUGAAUCUAAAGAUUAUGUUAAAAAGAUUAAAUCAGAAGCUUUGGUUCUCAGGCCAGGUUCCUCUAUAUGCAAUGUUGAUGCUGAUAUCCAGUCUGGCGUGAUGGCGACAGAAAGAGGCUGUCAUCCUGAGUUGUUUAUAUCUGCUAAUAACCUCAAAAGCCGAAACAUGGCCGAAGGUCAAAGAGUUUCAUGCAGUUAUGAUAAUUCUAAAGUUUUGACAUGCAUUCUUGAACGCGUGGAGAACGAUCUUCACUUCUCUGCAAAGGUGUCUCUUGCUGAUUACGUUCUAAGUGUUGUUGAAAAGGAAGUAAACCUAGUAAUUCCUUUCCUAGAAAAAGAUAAAUUCAGUGAGUUGCUGCAGGUUGAUGAUAGUAACUGCCAUAUCUCAGAGAUGCUUACAAGUAAAACAUCAGUUAAAGAAAUUCUUAAUGACAAGUCUGUCGAUCCUGUGAAAAAUAUAGACUCAAUUUGCACGUCUUCACCUGGAAACCGAAUGUCUAAUGUUUUCUCAAAAGCAUUUCAAGAAUUGUGUGGACAUUUAAAUGAUGUGGUUGAUGAAGAGGAGUUUGGUGACAUGCCACCUGGAUUUGAAAAGAACUCUCAAAUAAUAUUCCCUCCCUACAACUCAAAAUUUCGACCUUCAAGAAUAGUUGAAUGUAAUCCCAAGAUUACAGAGUAUGUUGCAGUUGCACUGUGCAGACAGAAGCUGCAUGAUGAAGUCUUAGAGAAGUGGAAGUUGUCAAUUCUUGAUUCUACAUUUAAACAGGUUCUUAUGUCAUCAUGUACCAUAAAGAAGAAUUUUCAGUCUCGUGGUCAUGAGAAGAGGAAGUCAUUUGGUGCAAAUAAGGAACAUUUGAAUAAUGCUACUUCUGGACUGGGAAAAAGGAAGGAAGGCUCAAAAAGUUCUGGAGUUCGUCUGUUGGAUGGAAAGCAUACAUAUCAACGUAAGAAGCUACCACGGAAAGAGUUUUGCUCCUUUCAGCCUGUUGUAGAAGAUGAUUUAGGGCCAGGGAAGAAGCCUCUGGCGAACUUAUGGAAACAUGUUUCUGGAGAUGUGAAUGAGAGUUCAGAAGUUAAAAUAACUGCUAUUAAAGGUGGAAAGACUAAGAUGAUUAAAGGGAAGAAGGAUGCAUUUUCUAAGAGCGGGUCUUCUUUCAAUGUCGAUAAUAGCUCACCCAAUGAUCAAUUAUCCUUGAAGAAUAAAACUAGCCAGAAAGCAUUGAAGUUUGCGCAUACAGUUCAAAAUGGUGUUAUGGAUAUUAUGAAGUUUAAUGAAAAGAGGCCAUCAGCAUCUUCUAAGAGCAGGUCUUUCAAUUUUGAUAAUAGCUCACCCACUGAUCAAUUAUCCUUGAAGAAUAAAACUAGCCAGACAGCAUUGAAGUUUGCGCAUACAGUUCAAAAUGGUGUUAUGGAUAUUAUGAAGUUUAAUGAAAAGAGGCCAUCAGCAUCUUCUAAGAGCAGGUCUUCUUUCAAUGUUGAUAAUAGCUCACCCAGUGAUCAAUUAUCCUUGAAGAAUAAAACUAGCCAGACAGCAUUGAAGUUUGCGCAUACAGUUCAAAAUGGUGUUAUGGAUAUUAUGAAGUUCAAUGAAAAGAAGCCAUCAGCAUCUUCUAAGAGCUGGUCUUCUUUCAAUGUUGAUAAUAGCUUACCCAGUGAUCAAUUAUCCUUGAAGAAUAUAACUAGCCAGAAAGUAGUAAAGCUUGCACAUACAGUUCAAAAUGGUGUUACAGAUAUUAUGAAGUUUAAUGAAAAGAGGCUAUCGGCAUCAACUGAUAAUAUUGUUGGUAUGAAAGUAGCUAAAAGAAAUAACUCUGAUGUCACCAUUCACAGGAAGACAACUGGUCAUAUCUCUAGAGAUAAACUAAGUGUGACAAAUAAAGUGUCAAAACCAAAAAGGAAGCAUCAAACAGACGGUGUUACAUCCCCACAUCCUGCUAAGGUUUUGAAAAUUUCAAAUAGGGGGUCUAAUCUGAGAGCUAGCAAACAAGUAACUGAGGCACUGAAGGAAUCUGCCAUAUCCAAGUCAUUGGAUUUAUGUCCUAAAUCUAAUGGAUGUUCUAGGACUUCUAUUAAUGGGUGGGAAUGGCAUAAAUGGUCACUAAGUGCUAGUCCUGCAUGUAGAGCACGCGUCAGGGGUCUUCCACGUUUUCAAAACAAGUGCAGAAAUUCUGAAAACAUUUCAUCCCAGGUGUCAAAUGGUAAGGGUCUUUCUGCAAGAACCAAUAGAGUGAAAUUGCGUAACCUUCUUGCUGCAGCUGAGGGUGCAGAUCUUCUGAAAGUGCCUCAAUUGAAGGCACGAAAAAAGCGAUUAUGUUUUCAAAGGAGCAAGAUACACGAUUGGGGUCUUGUUGCCUUAGAGCCAAUAGAAGCAGAGGACUUUGUGAUUGAAUAUAUUGGAGAAUUAAUUCGUCCUCGGAUAUCUGAUAUUCGUGAGCUUCAAUAUGAGAAAAUGGGAAUUGGAAGCAGUUACCUUUUCAGAAUUGAUGAUGGACACGUGGUUGAUGCUACAAUGAAAGGAGGGAUUGCAAGAUUUAUCAACCAUUCUUGUGAGCCCAACUGUUACACAAAGGUUAUAUCUUUUGAGGGUCAAAAGAAGAUUUUCAUAUAUGCAAAGCGGCAUAUAAAUGCCGGUGAAGAAAUUACAUACAAUUAUAAGUUUCCCUUGGAGGAGAAAAAGAUUCCCUGCAAUUGUGGUUCCAAAAAGUGUCGCAGAUCAUUGAAUUAAGCUGUUAUUGAAACUAAUACCCGUAUGCACUACUGGAGAGUGGACAAUUUUUUCCCUUAGGAUAAUGCUUCCAACAUACACGUUGCACACUGAAUAUUUGAGGACUGUUGCUUUAUAUUUCACUGGACUGUUGACAUCAAAUUGGAUGUGUUGCGACAGUGCUUGUAAACCUUUACCUAGUAGUUAUGGAUCACCAUUUUUGGAGAAAGGCUGAACUGAAUGCUAUUGGUCGCCGUGUUGCCUACUUGUUUGGUGAUGAGAAAACAAACUUGAGCCUUCUUGUAGAUGGUUGUGGCAGAGUAGCUCAAGUAGGAAAAACUGUUAGGUUGCUGAAUUGGAUUAUGCUACCGGCAACAUGUAUGGAAACUACCUUUCUUCUAUUGAAAAUUCUUGAGCAAUUGAAAAUUAAGACAGACAAAAACUCAAAGCAUAUAUGGACAUAUAGACCGGUGUAGUUGCAAAAAUCUUCCUAGGGCAAGGCUGCCUAUGAGAUAAUGAGGUUUCAAGACCGACAGAAGAAGGAUAAUGGUUUGAUGUUUUGCAAUUACAAUGUUCUAAAAUGUGCUUGUCCUUUGUAGAAGUUCUAUAUUGAAUAGAUAAAAGUAUUUUAUAAGAUAUUUACGCCAUUGUUCUUUCAUCUUAUGGACUCUCAUCACGUGCUUAAAUUCUAAUUAUGAGUCUAUCUAUUGAGAGUUGAACAUUGAAAAGGGCUAAGGACAUGCUGGAUUAAGGUGCACCACCUAAUACCACCUAAUACCGGUAGGCGAGUGAAGCUACCUAAACGGAAAGAACUAUUGUCAAGGUCAGUGCCGAUAGAAUGAAAACUGCCGUGGACAUGUGCUCUUAAAGGACGUGAUAAUGUUAAAUUAGUCUAUGAGAUUCUUCUACUUAAUAGACUAGUCUUUUGAGUUCUUUUUUCCUUAUUUUAAUUGUCUAUCGAGUGAAGUGAUUGGUGUUUGUUUCUCUUCAUUCAUAGAGACAAUGCUUAAAGACAUGAUGGAGGACUCCUGUGAUUUUGGCAAUUAACUCCGCCUGUGUCUCAUUUGAUAUAAACACAGCCGGUCCCCAGCCCGGACAAAGGAGGAGGGAUGCAACUUACAAUGCUUAUGAUGAAAUUUAACCUUCAUUUGACAAUGUGAUCAAAUGUUGCACAUUAGAGUCAACUUGCUACAAAUGUGAUCAGGAUAAUCUUUACAAACUAGUAACUUUGUAUUUUGCUUAUUUGAAAUAUUUUUGUCAACUAGGAAGGCCUGCCGCAUUUUUUUAAGUAUUUAGGACUUGGGAGAAUGUAGAAAAGUCUAAUUUAGUAUUUGAUUUUUCAAUGUUCAUUUUAAAUUAUCUUUUUUCCGAUUCUUAUAAGAAAUUGAACAAUUGUGAAUCGUAUUAUAUUAUUUACCCUCA